AUGGACCCCGAUGCCCUUCUCCAUGACUGGAGACGGGAACAAGACCUCAACCGCCGACGGCGGCCAUGCGCGCUCCUGGCGUGGCUCCAGGACAUCUGGCACGACGUGGGAAGCUACCUCAACGCGCAGGCGUGCAUCCUCCUCUUCCAGAAGCUCUUCUUCCGCGACGUCUUCCUCACGACGGCCUUCCUGGUCUGGGUCGGGCGACGCGCCGUCGUGAGGAACCGCUGGCUGUUUGGCGUGCUCGCGUCCGCCGGCUUCGCGGACGGCGAGGUCGGCUCGAAGCUCGUGCGCGCCGCCGCGCGGUCGAGCUCUGCGUUCGCCGUCCACCUGGCCCUCGCCUUCCUCGUCUUCCCGCUUGACUUCUGGCGAUCCCCCGCGCAGCCGAUCCCGGGCGACCGCCACCUGGCAGCGUGGGACGUCCUCGCGCCCCUCGCCCGCACCGCCGCCAACUGGCUCGGCGCGCGCGAGGGGAUGCGCGAGUGGCGCUCCCUCGCCGAAGCCAACCCCGCGUUCUUCUGCAAGGCGGGGCCGGCCGAUUUGUUCUCGAUGUAUACCGCCUUCAGCCACUACGCGGCCCUGAUCCUCGUCGUUCGGGAGCUUGCCCGCACGUUCGACGGCUACCAGUCCCGCGCAGUGGAGGAGGCGGGGGAGGCCGUCGAGGCCGAAGGCGAAGCCGAGCUGACAGCCUUCAGUAUCUGGGUGUACAGGGCCCGCUUUCUCUUUUGGGAGCUAUUGAUGCAGUUGGCAAUCAACGUGGCCUUUGAGCUGAUCGCGGACGCGGCCGGCAGCCUUCAAUGCUGGUGUAUUAAAAGUGGGAUGAAGCUCCAGGAUCGCCUUCCUGGCCCGGUGCGUCGCUUGCCGUUUCUGGUUUGUUUCUUCAGCCUGCAUUUCGCUCUGCGUCAUCCAACUGUGAGCUGGGCAAUCGACCAGGUGCAUAUGUGGGUGUUUCCAGAAGAACAUCAGCAUGCGGAUGAGGAUGACUGGGAGGGGCGCGAUUGGGGCGAUGGUGACGAGGAUGACGAGACUGAGGAUGACGAAGAAGAAGAAGACGAUGGCAAUGAAGAGGGCGAGGAAGACGAUGGAACUGAAGAAGGCGGCGAUAAAGAAGACGACGACGACGACCAAGACAACACCAGCGAUACGGACGAGGAAACGGACGACGAAAACGAAGACGCAGACGAACCCGACCACAUCUACAUGUACAAAGACGACUGCGGCUACGUCUUCGAAGUCAAGGACGGCGCCGUCUUCGAGCGCGAGACCCUCUUCACGUACGACGGCGAGUACAAGUACGAGUAUAGGUACACGGACGAUCGCCAGGAGGUGUCCGCGCACCAGCGCGCGACCGAGAACGAGUACGACUUCCGUCACACUUGCAGGCGCAAAACACAGGAGGAUCGGGACGGCGACAACGGCGACAACGGCGACAACGGCGGCGGCAACGGCGGUAGCGGCGAUGAGGGACCGGAGGGGAGCGGGGAUGAGAGUCAGGACGAGUGAAAUUGGGUCGAGAAAAGCCCUUGACCAUCACCACCCUUAGGCUUCCG